AUGGCAACAGCUUUCCGAUCUGGUGCCACACUAAAAAAUAAAAGAAAACUUAGGAGAGAGGCAGGAAAUGUGUAUGAGCCCCUCGACCUUAAUUUCAACAAACUCAAUUUUCGAGGCAACAUGUUCGAGCACCAGAACUGUUUAAAUGAAUUUGACAUAUUUCGUUUUGUUAUUUCUUAUGGUUUUGGUCUACCAUUCCGAAAAAGCCUCAUCGAUUUUCAUCAGAAGUUUUAA